CUGUAAUUUCAGUAUUUUCAGUGUAUUUUCCCAUUUUGAUUCUGAAAAUCUGGUUUUGUGUUAAAUUUAAUCAAUUUAAAUUCAAUUUUAACAUAAGCAGCGGCGUCGCCGCUAUGAGUAUCACUUUCUUAAAGUACUAUUUGAUCGGAAGACUCUACACUCACUUGUUGAUCCCUAACAUCUCGUUCCUCUCGCACUGUGCCGACGUAAUACUAAUCGUAUUAUGGAUACAGUUGGUCGCGGAGACAUGUCGCAGGAAGUGCCUGCCGAGAAGCUUGGAUGGGAGCAGCCGAUUGUAGGAGUGAACCAGGAGCACGUUGAGAUGAAAAUUGAGUGUAUGCCGAAUGACAUGGAUGGCCGCAGCAGUGACGGCGACCACCAGCCACAGGAGACAGGGCAGCUUGAAGGGCCCCAUGCAUUUUAUGAUGCAUAUCCGGCAGAAGCGAAGAAGAAACCGGCACGAAAGAUAAAGAGACCGAAGAAACGCAAAGGCCUCGAGCUUGAUUCCAAGUUAAUAAGACAUACCCAAAUGAAAUGCGAAAGGCUAAAAAAACACUCGUGCGAAAUAUGCGAAAAGCGCUUUAGAACCAGACGACUUGUACACGCACAUAUAACAACCCAUUCCGACCCAAAACCCUACUCAUGCGAAACAUGUAAUAAACAAUUCGCUGACACAAGCUCUUUAUCUAGUCAUAGGCAUCGUCGUUCUCGUAUAAAGUCAUACUAUUGCGAGAUAUGCAAAAAGAAAUUCGCGUUUUCUGGUGACUUAACUAAACAUAACCGAGUACACACUGGAGAGAAACCCUACUCGUGCGAUAUAUGCAAUGAGAAAUUUGCGCGUACGUCAAUUUUAAGCAAUCAUAGAUUUCUUCACACUGGAAAAAAACCGUUCUCAUGUGAUAUAUGUAAGAUACAUUUUACGCAGUCUGGGAGUUUAAUUACACAUAGAUUACACACUGGUGAGAAGCCAUACAAGUGCGAAGUAUGCAAAAAUCAAUUUAUACAAUCGGGUAGUUUGGCUUCACGUAGACGUAGACAUAAUAAAAAUACUCUUAGUUAUAGAUAAAUUCCAAUAGUACAUAACGCUAUUUACUCAAUAUUACUAAACUAAACCACACAAUCAAUAUAAAAAUCUGAGCGGGUGAGGUUUUUGAAUUACCUAUUGACGUAAACGCUGGUCAUAAAUGUCAAUGUAUCCCACAUACUAAAACAUGUAUAAGUUUUUACCUGUAUGUCGAACUUAAUAAAUAAAUAGGUGUUAAA